CGGAUGCGCUAUUCCGAUUUUCUCUCUUCUCAGCCUGAGGAGGGCAGCCGGCUGGCCGGUGGAGGGAGUGCUGCUGGGGAGGCCGCGACACCCCCCACCCCACCCCCAAGGCCGGCAGGUGCAUGUGGGAGAGUCUUCGGCAGGUGGCUGCUGCUCCCCUUGUCGGGCAAAUCCUUUAGGUUUGGACCCCUGUCCCCAUUACUGAAGCUGCAGUUUCAGCCUCAGGUCACUGGGUCCCCAGUUUAAAACACGACCUUUGUUUUUGGGGGUAGCAGAGCAGCAUCCCAAUUUGAGAUCUUUUUGACCUUUUCACUGGCGAUCGAUUAAUUUGUUUCAGUCCCCUGAAAACAGGUAUGAGCGUAGAAGCUUGAGAAAUUGAGAAUUAAGAGACUUCUGCUUUGUUCCAGCUAUAACUGCUGGUGAAGCCCUGUGAACGCAGCGUGCCGUCGGCCCAGGAGUCAUGUAGGGAUCAGCUUUCUCAGGGGUGAAGCUCCUGGAGACUGGUUUGGUCUGAGCCUGAGCGGGGCCUAUUUCUCAGUCCAUAAGGGGACCUUAGAGCCAGCCACACCCAGGAGCCAGCUCCUGGGCAGAACAUCACCUGGAGAAGACUGGGGUGAUGUCGCUAAGAGCCCGUCAAAACAAACAUGGAAGAAGUCCUUUCUUAUUUCAUGGCUUGGGUACAAAAAAGGUGGCAUGGUCUGGCCCCCUGCCUUGCUGCACCUCCCAUUGUCAGGGCUCUACCUGAGCGCCCGGCCAGCUGGAUGAUGGCAGAGCAAAGGCCAGGCACUGCUGGAGGCGGUGCUAGGGCAGGAUCACUGCACAUGGCUCUGCAGUUUAUGCUGGACUCACAGACCCCCUGCCCAGGAAGCAGGAUCCUGGCUUGAUCUGCCCCACAGAAGGGUAGGCUUGUCAGUUACAUCAGGCCACCCACUGGGUGACUGCUGGCCCGCAUUGGUAAGCCCAGCUAUAGGAGUAAACAGUUGUUGGCAAUAUCAGGGUUCCUGAGACAGAGGGUCGGGAACUACCCCCCCAAUAAUAACAAUAAUGGGAGCUAAAUUCUUCUAUACAUUGUCUCCUUUACUCUUUACCGUCCACCACCCCAAUAUAAGUAGUACCCUACUAUGUCCUGCAAGAAUUGAUCCUCACAAUGACUGAAGAGCUCAGGGUCAUGCAGGUAGCAACUCCAAAUCUUUCUGCCCCUAGAGCCUGUGCUCAUAACUCCUGGGCUGCACCCUGAGACUUUUACAUUGUGCCUUUUAUUGAUUUGCUGGUCCGCAGUAUUUUCUGAGCUAUGCCACUUUACACGCCAGCUGUAACCCCAAUUGUAAAGGGCCUUUCUGGGUAUUUUGCAGGGACAGCAAAGAAGUGGGAAACUUGAAGUGUAGAGAAGGCUACAAGGAGGGGAGGGCCAGCCAGAACAGGGAGGUCAGCAUCCCCGAUGUCCCUGCAAGAGAAGAGGAGGCCAUCUCUCUUCUUUUGGCUCCCCAAGAAUCCAAGCCUGGCCCACAGAGCACCCCAGAUGUUAGGGGCUACCAUCUGCCUUCCAUCUAUCUCCCAAGUCCCAACCAGGUUACUAUGCGUUUCAAAUAAUCUGCAUGAAAAGUGAGGCCCAAAAACUCAUUUAAGGAGCACAAAUCAGUUCCUGAUUGAUUCCUCUUCCAUAAGGCCAUUCAGACCUUCCUACCAGUCUUUUCUGGAAGAUACUCCAGUGUCUGGAUUGAAAGCAGAUGACAGCAUCAGCUCACAGCUCUAUCUGCAUCUAGCUUGGAUAUAAAAUAUUUGCUUUCAUCCACAUUUGCUAAACUAAUAAACAUUUCUGUGCCCUCCAGGUUAUGUCAUGAUAGCUUCUGAACUAGUCUUUUUUGGUUUUCUGGUUGUUACUUAGUAGCAGGAGUAAUUUCUUUCCUGAAAUGUCAACCCUGUGGUUGGGGUCUGUAUGGUGACACGAUGUGUUUGCAACUGAAAUUUGGGUUUGACCAACACCUUAGCCUCUCAACAGAAAAGGGAAAAGGUAAAAGGGCAGCAGAGAGGAGAAGGAAUAUUGCCCCAGUGCAGUCUGGGGACGUGAGUUCCCUCCGGUGGGGAGCCUGAGGGCCCAGCGGUGAGAGCUGCGGAGCCUUUGUCUGAGGAGAGUGAAUCUGGGCCUCUUUCUGGCAGCUGCAGAGGGAUGGUGUGGCCCUAGAGUCCCCUUGACUGUUGGAUCUACCCCGACUUUCACCCAGAUGGAAGCCUCUAGAGAAGAUGUGACCUCUGGUGACCUACUUGGCUGACUGAUUAUUCCAUAAUCUGGUUGCUCGCCGGCAUGAUGCUGGGGCAGGAGGCCGCCGCCCGCAGAUGUCAGAAUGGCCGAGCUGGAUGCAGACUUGGAUCAUGUCGUCCCCUGUUCGGUUCUGCCUCCCUUCUGGGCUAAGUUCGUAGUGGGGUUCGUUUCCCUCGUGUGCUUCGCGCGUAGCUACGAUGGAGACUUUGUCUUCGACGACUCCGAAGCUAUUGUGAACAAUAAGGACCUCCGAGCAGAAACGCCCCUUGGGGACCUGUGGCAUCAUGACUUCUGGGGCAGCAGGCUGAGCAGCAACACCAGCCACAAGUCCUACCGACCUCUCACUGUCCUGACCUUCAGGAUCAACUACUACCUGGCAGGGGGCUUCCACCCCGUCAGCUUCCAUGUGGUCAACAUCCUCCUGCACAGCGGGGUCUCCAUCCUCCUGCUGGAUGUCUUCUCCGUGCUGUUCGGGGGUCUGCACUACACCAGUCGGGGCCGCAGGGUGGACCUGGCCCCCCGAUCGUCCCUGCUGGCCGCUCUGCUGUUCGCCGCACAUCCAGUGCACACCGAGUGUGUUGCUGGAGUCGUCGGCCGGGCGGACCUCCUGGGCGCCCUGUUCUUCCUCCUGUCUUUCCUUGGCUACUGCAAAGCCUUCAGAGAAAGUAACAAGGAGGGAAGACACUCCACGUUCUGGGUGCUGCUGAGUAUCCUCCUGGGCGCCGUGGCCAUGCUGUGCAAAGAGCAAGGGAUCACCGUGCUGGGCCUGAACGCCAUCUUUGACAUCCUGGUGAUUGCCAAAGUGAACAUCUUGGAAAUGGCCCAGCGGCUGCUCCAUAAGGGUGCGUCUCUAGAGAACAUCGGUGGAUUCAGAAACGGGGGCCUCCUCUUCAGAAUGACCCUCUUGGCCGUGGGGGGAGCAGGGGUGCUCUAUGUGCGCUGGAAGGUCAUGGGCACCGGGCCGCCCGCCUUCACCGAGGUGGACAACCCUGCCUCCUUUGCCGACAGCAUGUUGGUCCGGGCCAUAAACUAUAAUUACUACUACUCGUUGAAUGCCUGGCUGCUGCUGUGCCCCUGGUGGCUGUGUUUUGAUUGGUCGAUGGGCUGUAUCCCCCUCAUUAAAUCUGUCGGUGACUGGCGGGUCAUGGCACUAGUGGCUCUCUGGUUCUGCCUGAUUGGCCUGACAUGCCAAGCUCUAUGCUCAGAAGACAGCCACAAGAGAAGGGUCCUGACGCUGGGCCUGGGACUGCUCGUUAUCCCAUUUCUGCCCGCGAGUAACCUGUUCUUCCGUGUGGGCUUCGUGGUGGCGGAGCGAGUCCUCUACCUCCCCAGUGCCGGCUACUGCAUGCUGCUGACCUUCGGAUUCCGGGCUCUCAGUAAACACACCAAAAAAAAGAAGCUCCUGGCUGCUGUCCUCCUGGGGAUCUUGCUCAUCAACGUGCUGAGGUGCCUGGUGCGCAGCGGCGAGUGGCGGAGUGAAGAGCAGCUCUUCAGGAGCGCCCUGUCUGUGUGCCCGCUCAAUGCCAAGGUUCACUACAAUGUUGGCAAAAACCUGGCUGAUAAAGGCAAUCAGACAGCUGCCAUCAGAUAUUACCGGGAAGCUGUGAGAUUAAACCCCAAGUACGUUCACGCCAUGAAUAAUCUUGGAAACAUCUUAAAAGAAAGGAACGAGCUGCGGGAAGCAGAGGAGCUGCUGUCAUUGGCCGUGCAGAUCCAGCCGGACUUCGCGGCAGCCUGGAUGAACUUAGGCAUCGUACAGAACAGCCUCAAACGGUUCGAAGCUGCAGAGCAGAGCUACCGGACGGCAAUCAAACACAGGAGGAAAUACCCAGAUUGCUACUACAACCUGGGGCGACUGUAUGCAGAUCUCAACCGCCACGUGGACGCCCUGAACGCCUGGAGAAACGCUACUGUGCUGCGGCCAGAGCACAGCCUGGCCUGGAACAACAUGAUCAUCCUCCUGGACAACACAGGAAAUUUAGCCCAGGCCGAAGCAGUGGGCAGAGAGGCCCUGGCAUUAAUACCUAAUGACCACUCUCUCAUGUUCUCGUUGGCCAACGUGCUGGGGAAGUCCCAGAAAUACAAGGAAUCUGAAGCUUUAUUCCUCAAGGCAAUUAAAGCCCAUCCAAAUGCUGCCAGCUACCACGGUAAUUUGGCGCUAACCUUCAUGUCCACGCCUGAGGGGCCCUUCGGGCCUGCCUGGAGACUGAACCCCCGAGCACCCCGCAGUCUCGGGAUUUCGUUGCAGCUGGCCUUGUUCCGGAAAGAACAGUCACCAGCUUGACUAAUAUUUCAGGAAGUCUUGUGUCUCUGCAGAUUUGGUGAGUGUCCUGGCACUCUCUUCUUUCUCCUACUUCCGUCUUAAGGCAGCGACCCUCUCCAUUUCUGGGUUUCCUUCCUAACCAGACUGGGUUUCCUUCCUAACCAGUGGCCCCUUUAUUCAGCACUUCUUUAUUUCCAUGUUUCUGUCGCGAAUCACAGUAGGGGUGGGGGGAGUGUCGAGGCAAACUUGGGGAGAGCUGCCAGUUUAGGAAAUCAGAGCCAGAUCAUCAGCCUUUCCCUCCUUGAGAAUAAGGAUCGUGAACCCCAGAAGCUGGUUUAGGGUGUGUCUAGUUUGCCUGACAACGUGCUGCUGCUCCCGUCCCUCUUGGAAUGUGGCCCUAUAGACUUAGCCCACGAGGGUUUGAGCAUCGUGAUGACAAUCAGGACCCUGGGGUUCUGAUUCUGUCACAUUUCUUAAGCAUUUUGUUUUCAUUUCAGACUACUGACUUAAAAUACACAGAACAGAGGAUCAGGCCCCACAGCAAACUGGGGAAACCCUAGUAACCAAAGUGGUUGCUGCCUUGCUUUGCCCAUCAGAGAGGAGAGAUGAUGGGGAGAUAUGGAGGGGGGGAUCUCCUGAGAAUGAUGCUGAGUAAAAAACUUAGGAGGCGGCACUUCCCCGCUGGCUGAACUACGCGCGCCUGCAGACUCUGAAGCCUGCCUCUCCUCCAUCACUGCACCCCACAGGCCGUGUGAUUCUCCUGUGGGAGGUAGCCGACAUGGGGGGUGCACCAAGCUCAAACUGAAAGGAAAUCUGUGUCACACCUUUUCUUGCAUUUACCAGUUGUACAACCUUAUUCAAGUAUAGGCGGGUGGGUAGCGUGUUCCCCAACUCAUGUUCACAUAGAACCUCAGAAUGUAGCCAUAUUUGGAAAUACGGCCUUUCCAGGUAGCAUUAGCUCAGGAUCUUGUGAUGAAAUCCCGGAUGUGAGGUGGCCCUCGGUCCAGUGACUAGCGUCCGCUGCAGAGAGCACAGGAAGACUUGGGGAGAAGACCGGUUCGCGGGAGCGUGGGUGGAGGCUGAGAUUGGACCGGUGUGGCCACAGUCAAGGAACGCUGGGAGCCACAGGAAACCGCAGGAGACCAGGAAGAGCCUCCCUGGAGCCUUCUCAGAGAGCGAGGACCUGCCGGCUGGAAGCUGCCUCCAGAGCCGCCUCCCUGUGGUCAAAAGUCACCUCGUUCACAGUCAUUGUGGCAGCCCUAGGGCAUGACUAGGCCAGGGGCUCUGUCUUACAGCAGCUCGGCUACUUCAUCUAUAAGGUGGGGGACAAUACUAACGUUUUUCAUAGAGCUAUUAUGAAGAUUACAUGAGAAGAGGUACAUCAAGCCCUAGAGCCAUGUUGGCACAUAAUAACAUCCAAAUUAAUUGAAGGGAUAGCCCUCACUUAUCUUGAGGCUUUUAUCCUGUAAUUAAGUAAUCUAAAAACCAUCUCAGAUUUCUAUUUUUAUUGCUGCUGAUCUAAGUCUGAGCAGGGCAACAAGUACUUGAAGUCAAUUACACUGUUUAUCAAAACUGCCUAGGACAUCCUGCAUUUCUAGUUUUAUCUCUAUGACUUUUUUCCCCCCAAGGACCAAUAAAGCUUUCUACUUCCUACUUAUGUGAUAAGUGUUUGAGGAAAUAUUUUCCCUGUAGAUUAAAAUUGCACUUUUAUUCGUCUUCUAAAAACAGUUUUGUCUCAGCAGUUGCAUUCAUUUUGAUGGCUAGACUUGAGAUUUGUCUUGUGAAAAAUCACAACUGCUCAUUUCUGGAACUUUCUGAUAAAGUAUGUAGAUGAUCAUUCUAUAGCCUGGUCUAGAGAACAGCAGGCAUCAGCAAACAGAGCGUGGAAAAAGCAGACUAGGAGUGUGAGAGCUACCCCAGGGUCAACUCUACCAGCUUGACAUUUUUUUUAAAAGCUUCCCGAAAAUUCUAUUAGUUACAAACUUCCAAUCCUGCCAUGAGCCACUAGGAACCUGGGCUGAGUCACUUAAUUACUAGGUGUCUGUUGCUUCUAAUAAAAGUAACUCUGGCAGUGAUGGUGACUGUUUGUUCAUUU